AUGGCUUUUGUCAAAGUCGUUAAAAACAAAGCUUAUUUUAAAAGAUAUCAAGUAAAAUCCAAACGACGUCGACAGGGUAAAACUGAUUUUUACGCACGUCACGCACUUAUCCAUCAAGAUAAAAAUAAAUAUAAUACACCCAAAUAUCGACUUAUUGUUCGAUUGACCAACAAAGAUAUUAUUUGUCAAAUUGCUUAUGCACGUAUCGAAGGUGAUUAUGUUGUAGCAUCAGCAUACGCUCAUGAAUUACCACGAUAUGGUAUUAAACUUGGUUUAACAAACUAUGCUGCUGCUUAUUGUACCGGUUUACUUUUGGCUCGACGUACAUUACAAAAACAUAAACUUGAUAAUGUAUACAAAGGAACAACUGACAUAACAGGUGGUGAAUUCGAAAAUGAAGCAGUUGAAGGUCAAAAACGUCCAUUUCGAUGUUACCUUGAUGUUGGUCUAGCACGUACAACAACAGGUGCCAAAGUUUUUGGUGCAUUGAAGGGUGCUGUUGAUGGUGGACUUGAUAUUCCUCAUAGUACUCGACGAUUUCCAGGCUACAGUCGAGAAGGUAAAAAAUUCGAUGCUGAUGUUCAUCGUCAACAUAUUUUUGGCUUACAUGUUGCAAAUUAUAUGACAUCACUUAAAGACGAAAAUCCAGAUCUUUAUGCUAAACAAUUUUCACGUUUUGUUAAAGCUGGAAUUGAACCAAGUUCGUUUGAAGCUUUAUAUAAAGCUGCACAUGCUGCUAUUCGUGCUGAUCCAUCACCAUCACCUAAGAAACAAAAGAAAGCUGAUGCACCUAAACCAAAACGUUGGAAUAAAGUUAAACUUGCUCGAUCAUCACGCAAGAAUCGUGUUCAACAACGUAAAACAGCUUUUCUUAAAGCGAUACAAGGUGGCGAUAAUGAAUAA